AUGAAAAAUGCAGGACUUAAGGAAAAAUCUGCCUCAGCAAAGUCAGUCUUUCCUGGACAACCAGAGGACCACAUACAGUCAGAAGAUCAGGCUGCCAGAAAAUCAGAGCAUCAGGAUGUUGAAAAUGAAGUGGAAGAGCAUGUUCCAUUCACCCUUGAAGAAGCACUGCCAAAUGAAAAUGAUAAGGAAGAAGAAGAAGUUGAAGCUAUAGGAGACCAGCAAGUAGAAGAUGAAGAAUAUAUUCCUAUAAGAGAUGAAUUAAUUGAUAAACUUGAAGAACUGGAAACAGAAACACUUUAUGAAGAUUCAAAUGAUUACAAUAAGGAUGUGGAAGAGGUUGUAUAUGAACAGGAAAAUCCAGAUUACCACGAAUCAGUAGUUGAAGAUACAACACUAGAGUAUGAUACAGCUAAGAAAAAGAAACCCAAACUUUUAAAUAAGUUUGAUAAGACUAUUAAAUCUGAACUUGAUGCUGCAGAGAAACUACGCAAAAAGGGAAAAAUUGAGGAUGCUAUGAAUGCCUUUGAAGAACUGGUACGCAAGUACCCACAGAGUCCACGAGCUCGAUACGGGAAAGCUCAGUGUGAAGAUGAUUUGGCUGAGAAGAGGAGGAGCAACGAAGUACUAAAGAGAGCCAUCGAAACUUACCAGGAGGUAGCUGACUUGCCAAACGUUCCUGCUGACCUGGUAAAACUCAGCCUGAAGCGGCAGUCAGAGAGGCAGCAAUUUUUAGGUCACAUGAGAGGCUCCCUGGUUACACUUCAGAAAUUGGUUCAUUUGUUUCCCAAUGAUACUUCUUUCAAGAAUGACCUUGGAGUAGGUUAUCUCCUGAUAGGUGACAAUGACAAUGCUAAGAAGGUUUAUGAAGAGGUUCUGAAUGUGACUCCUAAUGAUGGCUUUGCCAAAGUGCAUUAUGGCUUUAUCCUGAAAGCACAGAACAAGAUUGCCGAGAGCAUCCCUUAUUUGAAGGAAGGACUGGAAUCUGGUGACCCUGGCACUGAUGAUGGACGUUUUUAUUUCCACUUGGGUGAUGCUUUGCAGAGAGUUGGGAACAAAGAGGCAUACAAAUGGUAUGAACUUGGACACAAGAGGGGUCAUUUUGCAUCUGUUUGGCAGCGUUCACUUUACAAUGUGAAUGGACUUAAAGCCCAGCCUUGGUGGACUGCAAAAGAAACUGGUUAUACUGAGUUAGUGAAGACCUUAGAAAAAAACUGGAAAUUAAUUCGUGAUGAAGGUCUUGCUGUGCUAGAUAAAACCAAAGGUCUCUUCUUGCCUGAAGAUGAGAAUCUGAGAGAAAAGGGUGAUUGGAGCCAGUUUACUCUAUGGCAGCAAGGUAAGCACACUAAUAAUUUUUUUCUCCCUGCUUCCAUCAGAUAA